AUGGAUAUACCAAUAUGUUUUUCGAAUUACUUCGUUAAUAAACAAAGUUUAAGAUCAUUUAGCAAUGUUGUAAAAUCAAAGUAUUUUAAAAAUCAGGAUAACGGUAACGCUUUUACAAAGUUUCUUCUUGAAGACAAUGACUUGGUGUGUAAUACUUCUAAAAAUUUUGUUUUUAUAUUGGAUGAGUUACGAAAUAAUUUAAGGAAUAACUGCAAACAGGAAUUUAAACAGUACUUUACCCAAUUUAAAUACCCCAAAAACAUGAGUACUGUUGAUAAAAAAGAUGUGUUCUUGGGAUGUAUAAAUGCACUUGGAGAUAUAGUUCCGAAAAGUUUAUAUGGUGGAAAACAUAAUUAUAAAAUAUUCAAAAGAAUUGUCCAAGAAAUAAUUUACACAAUGAAUAAACAACAUAUCUUUUAUACAAUAAUGCUCAAAAGCUGGGAUUUGACUGUGUCUCCAUGGCAAACUCUUCCAUCCCAUUUAUCGUGUGAAAUUCUUAAUAAAAUACUACAUUGGAUUAUGAAAUACUUAUUAUCAGCUAUCAUUAGUCUUAAUUUUUAUGUUACUACAUGUAAACUAGAUUCAGAUGAUAAUAAGCUACAUUUUUUUAAAAAAGAGCACUGGCAAAGCUUUCAUGACAAAAUGAUCUCUGGUAUGAUAUUAACUAAAAUAAUUCAUAAAUAUGAUCAAACUAUUAUGAAAAACGGAGUAAGUACGAAAAAUAAUCUCCAAGAGCGGUUAAAAUUGCAGAUUUUAAGAAAACAAAUACCAAAAUUACAUUUAUUUCUCAAGCAAAAUAAUAACUGCAGAGCCAUUGUGUGCUUAUAUGGGCAUCUUGGGAAGACAGAAAAGUACAAAAUAAAAGAAAAAUUAUUAUUUUUGAAAAUGUUAAAUGGGACAGUUCAUGAAAAAUUAGAAAAGCAGUAUAGCAAUUUAUAUUCAACUUGGCUGCAAAAAUGCAAACCUAAACUUUACUUUAUAAAAACAGAUCUCAGUAAUGCUUUUGGAUCAAUUAAUAAGGAACAAUUAUUAAAGAUACUUUAUGAACAGCAUUUAAAAUUUCAGAAGACAGAAAAGUGCUUAUACAUAAAAAAGAAAUUUGCUCAGAAUUUCAAAGAAGUAACUUCAGAGUUACAAAAACCUUUAUUGAUUCGUGUAGGUUCAACAAUUUAUGAAUGGAAGGAAGGUCUAGUACAAGGUUACAAAUUUUCCCCAGCCCUUUCCGAACUAUACUACACUUAUAUGGACAAACUAUAUUUUAAAGAGCAUAUGAAUUCAAAUGAAUCAUUAUUAAAAAUGUUUGUCCGUGUUGUGGAUGAUUAUUUAUAUAUUACAGACUCAAUAAAAGAUGCUCAUUUAUUUUUAGAAGCUCUUUCAAAUUAUCAUAAUGUAAAUUACAAUAAAACUUUUGUUAAUUUCCAUCAUAAACUUAUCAAAUAUAGUAAUAAGAUAACAUUUUUGGGUCAUUGCUAUGACACUGCUACUUUAAGUGUUAGUAGGGCAGAUAAUAUAUACCGUGGACAAAUGUGCUAUAAAAUUACUUUUUCUCAUGCAAUUGUAAAUCUUCACAAAUUUCUUGCGACUCGUAUAGGAUUAUCAAGUAUUCAAAUUAAUUGCCACAUAUUUAAUUUACAUUAUAAUAAUGAAAAAACUGUAUGGCAGCAUAUUUUUAUAACAUUGUGCUUAGCAGCUAAUAAAUUCUGUACAAUCUUAGCUAUAGUUUGUGAAAAUUCUGAAAUUGAAAAGUAUUUCAUAUUUUAUAAAGAAAAAGUAACUGUGAAACUAUGCAAUUCUAUGAUAGAAGUAUUAAUGAAAAAUAAACCGCAUAAUUAUAAUUUUGUUUACUGUAUAAAUCAUUUUAGAUAUUUGUCAUAUAAAGCAUUGUAUUUAUGUGCCAAAAUAACACCAAAAUGUAAUAGUUUGGUACCAGUUCUAAAAUCUGAGUUAUCCAAAUCAAAUUGUAUUCAUGGAAAAUGGAAGGAACAUGCAAGAAUAAUAGACAGAAAUGGACAAAUUUUUCAACAAGCUGUAAGAGAAGUUUGCAAACGACCAGACUUAAAGAUAAUUAUGAAAAAGUUUGAUAGUUUACCCAUAGGCUUUGAAUGCUACAGAAAUCAUCAGAAAUAA